ACACUUUCUUUUUUUUUUCUUUUUUUGUGGACGUGAUAGGUUUUUGUUUUGAUCGUGGCUCCCAUCGAAAUGGUGUCAAAUGAAGAUAAAUUAAUAAUAUGGUCUGUUGCUACGUUAGCUCGCUAAUUAAGCAACAAUUUAAUCACGACACAACAGCUUAAUUAGCUUAUAUUUUUUUGCCUGCCAAAGCUGCUACGUAAGCUAGCGCAACAACACUGCUGAAACUCGGUAGCUAAUAGCUAAGCUAGCUAGCCUAAUCUAGUUUGAUGGAGUGCCCUCAUUUGAACUCCAAUGUUCGCAUUACCAUGGGUUCCUCAAGCUUCCCCCACGGUUCCCCAUCCUCCUGGUGUUGCAGCGUUUGCAGGUCAAACAAAAGUCCCUGGGUAUGUCUCACCUGUCUCAAUGUGCAUUGUGGGAGGUAUGUGAAUGCACAUGCUAAGCAGCACUAUGAGGACAGCCAGAGUCAGGUGACGGGAGGUGCUGGUCAGAAGAGAUGUGAGGAGCAGGAGAAGAACGCUCAGCACCUGGUCUGCAUGGACUGCAGCAGCUACAGUCUCUUCUGUUACAGGUGUGAUGACUUCGUAGUGAACGACACCAAGCUAGGACAUGUGCAGAAGGUGAGAGAGCAUCUACGGAGUCUGGACAACUCUCCGCUGGCUGUUGACAGACGGACAAAGAGGAAACUUCUGGAAAGCAACUCUCCUACCAGUAAACUGUUGAAGGACAAUGGUGGGGCCUCCGCUCUCUCUGCCAUGGGAUUACGUAACCUAGGCAACACAUGCUUUAUGAACGCCAUCCUGCAGUCUCUCAGUAACAUCCAGCAGUUCAGCUGUUAUUUCAUGGAGCUGCCAGCGGUGGCGCUGGGCUCGGGGGGAGAGGCUGGUCAGCUGAUGUACCACACCCGCAGUCAGGGGGACACCAGUGUGUCCUUGGUGGAGGAGUUGAGGAAGACCCUGUGUUAUCUGUGGCAGGGUGGCCCAACAGCCUUCAGCCCUGACUCUUUGUUCUACGUUGUCUGGAAAAUCAUGCCCAGCUUCAGGGGGUACCAGCAGCAGGAUGCUCAUGAGUUCAUGCGUUACCUGCUGGACCAUCUCCAUAGAGAACUACAGGGCGGUCUGAACGGAGCCAAGCACCCCGCUCUCCCCGUUCCCCCAGAUUCUGUUACAGUGUCAGGAGACAACCCUACUCUGUCACAAGACGGGCUCCCGGUGCCCCAGGAUGAGGGGAAACUGCCCGAAGAGGGGAAACUGCCCGCCGCGGGGGGGAAAUGCUGCAUAAACGGCAGUUCUACUGUGGUCACGUCUAUAUUUGGCGGCGUUCUGCAGAAUGAAGUCAACUGCCUGAUCUGUGGGACUGAGUCUAGAAAGUUUGACCCUUUCCUUGAUCUGUCCCUGGAUAUUCCCAGUCAGUUCAGACACAAGAGAGCCAAGGACCAAGAGCCUGGUCCUACCUGCACGUUACGAGACUGCCUGUGUAGCUUCACUGACCUGGAGGAACUAGACCAGGCAGAGCUCUAUAUGUGCCACAGGUGUAAGAAGAGACAGAAAUCGACCAAGAAGUUCUGGGUCCAGAAGCUGCCCAAGGUGUUGUGUCUGCACCUGAAGAGAUUCCACUGGACAUCCUACCUGAGGAACAAAGUAACCACCUACGUCGAGUUCCCUCUACGAGGCCUGGACAUGAGGGGGUAUUUACUACAGCCGGAGGAGGCGUUGCCUGACCGGUGGCUGUAUGACCUGGUAGCUGUGGUGGUGCAUCAUGGGUCAGGGGUUGGAUCGGGCCAUUACACAGCGUACGGAAAACGGGAGGAUCGCUGGUACCACUUCAACGACAGCACAGUGACUCUGACUGAGGAGGAGACGGUGGUUAAAGCCAAGGCUUACAUUCUUUUCUACACAGAGAGAUCGGACAAAACUACAUCUGAGACUGACACCAGGCGUUAACCUGACUUCAGACUGUUCCUGACCCCAGACUGGCGGCGGACCGCUUCCCACCCCAGACUGACUUCGGACCGCUCCCGACCCUAGACUGACUUCGGACCGCUCCCGACCCUAGACUGACUUCGGACCGCUCCCGACCCUAGACUGACUUCGGACCGCUCCCCACCCCAGACUGACUUCGGACCGCUCCCCACCCCAGACUGACUUCGGACCGCUCCCCGCCCCAGACUGACUUCGGACCGCUCCCCGCCCCAGACUGACUUCGGACCGCUCCCCGCCCCAGACUGACUUCGGACCGCUCCCCACCCCAGACUGACUUCGGACCGCUCCCCACCCCAGACCUACCUCAUCACCAGGACAAGACCUUUUCCUCUCAGCCUGAAUCACGUCCUUAAAGCACACAACCAAAUUGCUGCUUGAUAUUUGAGUUCUGUAUGAAAGAGGAAAAAAAUGGGUCUCAAAAUGGCAACCUAUUCUCCAUGUAGCGCCCUGGUCGGUCUGGGGGUAGCGCCCCGGUCGGUCUGGGGGUAGCUCCCCGGUGAUCUGUCCUGGUGGUGAUCUGUCCUGGUGGUGAUCUGUCCUGGUGGUGAUCUGUCCUGGUGGUGAUCUGUCCUGGCGGUGAUCUGUCCUGGCGGUGAUCUGUCCUGGCGGUGAUCUGUCCUGGCGGUGAUCUGUCCUGGCGGUGAUCUGUCCUGGCGGUGAUCUGUCCUGGCGGUGAUCUGUCCUGGCGGUGAUCUGUCCUGGCGGUGAUCUGUCCUGGCGGUGAUCUGUCCUGGCGGUGAUCUGUCCUGGCGGUGAUCUGUCCUGGCGGUGAACAUGACUCUGUCCUGGCGGUGAACAUGACCGUGAACGUGACUCUGUCCUGGCGGGGGACGUGACCCGUCCUGGCGGGGGACGUGACCCUGUCCUGGCGGGGGACGUGACCCUGUCCUGGCGGGGGACGUGACCCUGUCCUGGCGGGGGACGUGACCCUGUCCUGGCGGGGGACACCAAGGUUCAGAAAAGAUGUAUAUUUCUUCCUUGAGUCUUUUGGUCUUCUCUGUCUAAGCCAGUUGGUAGUUUUCUAUUUUCAACUAAAUGUGAUUUUAGGCAUUAGAACUUGACUGAUGUCUUGAUUUUUAAAUGAUAUAUAUAUAGUGACUGAGUGUCCUCUUGAUCAGAACCAACAUUAUUAUUACGUGUCAACAUUAUGUAAAAUGUUCUCUUGAUUUUCCUGUUUCCUUUUCCUCAGUCUGUCUGUCUGCCACUUCAGACUAGAUGUUUUAUUAAAUAGGAUGAAGAGAUUAUAGAAAUGGUGUCAUCUGUAUGAAGAAGAGAAAAAAAAAUGCAGAUCAAUGGAAUCUGUUUUUUUUCCAAACCUUUGGAAUAUACAGGUCGUAUCAUCGUACCUCCUUGAAGAGUUAGAACAACACAUGUUUAGAUUAUUCCAUAUAAACCUAUAAAACCACUUUCCUUCCUCAAUAUUAAAUACGAUGGAGCUCAA